GGCUUCGGCUCCGCUCGGCUUCGGCUCGAGCUCGGCUCGCAUGGAUCUUCAGCGACCGGCGGACUGAGCGCCCGGAGGAGGAGGAGGAGCAGCAGCGGCAGCAGGAGGAGGAGGAAGAAGAAGAAGAAGAGGACAGAGCCGCUGGUCUUCGUCCCCGGGGCAGGCCGGGCUCAGCUCGGGGGUCUGCCCCGCAGGAAAUAUGGCGACCAGUGCUGUCCCGAGCGACAAUCUCCCCACGUACAAACUGGUGGUGGUGGGAGAUGGCGGCGUGGGCAAGAGCGCCCUGACCAUUCAGUUUUUCCAGAAGAUCUUUGUGCCUGACUACGACCCCACCAUCGAGGACUCCUACCUGAAGCACACCGAGAUUGACGGCCAGUGGGCCAUCCUGGACGUUCUAGACACGGCAGGACAGGAGGAAUUCAGCGCCAUGAGGGAGCAGUACAUGAGGACGGGAGACGGCUUUCUCAUCGUCUUCUCGGUCACGGAUAAGGCCAGUUUUGAACACGUGGACCGCUUCCACCAGUUAAUCCUCAGAGUGAAGGACAGGGAGUCCUUUCCGAUGAUCUUGGUGGCCAAUAAAGUUGAUCUGAUGCACUUGCGAAAAAUCACCAGGGAACAAGGAAGAGAAAUGGCAACGAAACACAAUAUUCCGUACAUAGAAACCAGUGCCAAGGACCCACCACUAAAUGUGGAUAAAGCCUUCCAUGACCUCGUUAGAGUCAUCAGGCAACAGAUCCCAGAGAAAAGCCAGAAGAAGAAGAAAAAGACAAAAUGGCGGGGGGACAGGGCCCCCAGCUCCCACAGACUACAAUGCGCGAUAUUGUGACGGGGCCUCGGGGCCCCUCCGCGGCCGUGAAUGUGAACCAGAAAGACCUCGGGGCGCCCCCGACCGCCAAACUGCACCAAAAACCAUUUCUGGCCAGCGGCCUUGGCCGGGAAGCCGCAGGCCUCUUGGCCACACUUGUGUCCCUGGCCAGAUUGUGCCAUGGGGAGGGCCGAGGGAGGGGCGGGUGGGGCAGUCCAUCCUGCCAUGGCCAGCGGGAUGAGAGGCCGGAGGUCGGGGUUGGAGGGGGGGACCCAGGAAGUCAGCAGCUUUCCACGGCCUUUGAAAUGCCCACACAUCCGGCUCCUCCUGGGACCUUUCUCUCUGAGUGGGUGUGUUGCGGUUUUUGAGGCGGG